AUCAAGCCCCGGGCUCUGCUCUUCGGCCACGCCGCCCCCGUUCCCUGCCUGGCCCCGGCCUCGGGCCCCGGGGAGCAGCCCUGCGUCGUCAGCGCCUCGGAGAGCGGGGAGAUGUGCCUGUGGGAUGUCACCGACGGCCGGUGCCUGGAGUUCACCAAGCUGGCCUGCACGCACACGGGCAUCCGGUUCUACCGCCCCGCCGGCGCGGGCCACCGGGAAGGGAGGCUCCUGUGCCACGGCCAUUAUCCCGAAAUCCUCGUGCUGGAUGCGAGCAGCUUGGAGGUCCUUUAUUCCUUGCUUUCCAAGAUCGCUCCCGACUGGAUCAGCGCCGUCAGCGUCCGGGGUAAGGAUGCGCUCCGGGCUGACGCGGUGGUGGCGGUGUCCGUGUCCGGCAUCCUCAAGGUCUGGAUCCUGCCGUCGGAAGCGGGCCGCGGGCAGGAUCCGUCCCCGCUCUCCGAAGAGGAAUCCAAGCCCAUCUCGUGCCACAACUGCCGGAGCCUCUCCCGGUGUCCCUGGGCUCCCGGCUCCUUGCUCCUGGUGUGCUCCCAGUCGUGGCGGGUCCUGGAUGCCGGGGAUUAUUCCCUGCUCUGCUCCGUGGGCAGCGAGAGCCGGCGGGCUUGGAGCGGGGGGGAAUUCCUAGCCCCGGAUCGCGUCGUUGUAUGGAGCGAGGAAGGGCAGAGCUUCAUCUACGCGCUGCCCGGCAGCUGCCUGCCCGCCAGCGAGUCCUUCCGGCGCGACGUUGGGAAAGGCGUGGAAAACCUCAUCCCUCCUUCCUUGCUCCGGGUGCUGGAGAGGCCGGAGCAGGAGCUCCUCAUCUGCCCCCCCGUGACUGGGUUCUUCCAUGGCCGGAAGCCUCGUGCUUCCCAGCUCCUCCUCCAAGGCGACUCUUCGGGAAGGCUUUCCCUAUGGAGCAUCCCGGAUAGCCUGGAGCAGCGCGAAGGCGCGCAGCCGACGACGUCCUUAUCCCUGCAGGAAGCCUUUGAUGGGCUGGAGCCUCAUCCGGCCGGGAUCAUCGACCAGCUGAGCUCCGUUCCCAACAUCCCGGAGCCCCUCAAGGUGACGGCCAGCGUCUACAUCCCCGGGCAGGGCCGGCUGGUGUGCGGCCGCGACGACGGCAGCAUCGUCAUCGUGCCCGCCACGCAGACGGCAACCGUGCAGCUCCUGCGGGGAGAGCACGCGCUCCGAAGGGGUUGGCCCCCGCACCGCACGCUGCGCGGCCAUCGCGCCCGGGUCACCUGCCUGCUGUACCCCCACCAGGUGUCGGCGCGCUACGAGCCCGGCGCCCUGCUUUCGGGGGGCCUGGAUUUCGCCGUGAUCCUUUGGGAUCUCUUCUCCGGCGACAUGAAGCAUCUCUUCCUGGUGCACGGCGGUGAGAUCAACCAGCUCCUGGUGCCCCCCGAGACCUGCAGCGCCAGGGUGCAGCAGUGCGUGUGCUCGGUGGCCGGCGACCACUCGGUGGGGCUACUGAGCCUGCGGGAGAGGAAGUGCCUCCUCUUGGCUUCCCGGCACCUCUUCCCCAUCCGAGUGAUCAAGUGGAGGCCCGCCGAGGACUACCUGGUGGUGGGCUGCGCCGACGGCUCCGUCUACGUCUGGCAGAUGGAUACAGGAGCUCUGGACCGCUGCGUGAUGGGGAUAACGGCGCUGGAGAUCCUGACGGCGUGCGACGAGGCCGUGCCGGCCGGCCUCGACGCCCUGGGCCACGCCGCCGUCAACCUCAAGCAGGCCAUGACGCGCCGGAGCUUGGCCGCCCUCAAGAACGUGGCCCACCAGAAGCUGCAGACCUUGGCCACCAACCUCCUGGCGCCCGAGGCGGCCGACAAGGGGGAUUUGCCCAAGUAUUCCCCCAAUUCCCUGACGGUCCAAGCCCUGAAGACGAGCGGGACGGACGCCGACAUCCACGUGCUCUUCUUCGACGUGGAGGCCCUCAUCAUCCAGCUGCUGAGCGAGGAGGCCUCCCGAGCCAGCAGCACCACCACGGCUUCUCCCGAGAGCCAUCCCAAAGCUUCCAGCAGCUUGGAGAAGGGAAGUUCCUUCUUGGCGAGCAAGAGAGCCGCCGUCCUCUUCCAGCAGGUCAAGGAGACCAUCAAGGAGAACAUCAAAGAGCAUCUCCUGGAUGAGGAGGAGGAAGAGGACGAAGAGGCCGUGAGGCAGAGGAGGAAGGAGGGCGCUUCCGAGUAUCGCUCCGGGAAAUCCAAGCCUUUAACUCUGCUGGAAUCCAACCUGACCAUGGAUACGGCCAAGCUCUUCAUGUCCUGCCUCCACGCUUGGGGCCUCGACGCCAGCCUGGACGAGCUGUGCUUGGACCGCUUGGGAAUGCUGCGGCCCCACUGCGCCGUGUCCUUCGGGCUCCUCUCCCGUGGGGCCCACAUGUCCCUCAUGCUGCCCGGUUACAACCAAGCCCUCGGGGAUGGCUCCUGCCCUCAAGGGGGCAGCGGGAAGGGCACCUAUGGGGUCUCCCGCGCCGUGACCACCCAGCACCUCCUCUCCGUCAUCUCCUUGGCCAACACGCUCAUGGGCAUGACCGACGCCACCUUCAUCGGCGAGCACAUGAAGAAGGGGCCCUGCAGGCCACCCAGACCGGGCCCUGCCGAGAGCUCGCGAGCCAAAGCCCCCCCUGGCCCUGCAGCCCAAGGCCACAUCAAGCAAGGAUGGAGCCAGCUGGCCGCCAUGCACUGCGUCAUGCUGCCCGAGCUGCUGGGCCUGGAGCGCUUCCGCCCUCCCCUCCUGGAGAUGCUGGCGCGGCGCUGGCAGGAUCGCUGCUUGGAGGUGAGAGAAGCAGCCCAAGCCCUGCUGCUCGCCGAGCUGCGCCGCAUGGAGCAAGCCGGGAGGAAGGAGACCAUCGACGCUUGGGCUCCCUACCUGCCCCACUACAUGGACAGCGUUCUGUCCCCCGGAGUAAGCUCGGAAGCCCCCCAGCCCGGCAGCGCCAGCCCGGAGCCCUCGGGAGCAGAAGGCAAGGCGCAGGAGGAGGAGCACGACCUGGGAGACGACGACAUUCCAGCAGGCUGCCUGCCCCAGCUCAAGAAGGCCUCCCCGUCCUACGAGGAGAGGAGGAAGCAAGCCACAGCCAUCGUCCUGCUGGGAGUCAUCGGGGCCGAGUUCGGAGCCGAGAUUGAACCCCCCAAACUCCUGCCGCGACCCCGGAGCUCCAGCCAGAUUCCCGAAGGAUUUGGUUUGACCAGCGGCGGAGCCAACUAUUCCCUGGCGAGGCACACGUGCAAGGCGCUGACCUUCCUGCUGCUGCAGGCGCCCAGCGCCCGCCUGCCGGCGCACAGCACCAUCCGCCGCAGCGCCAUCGACCUCAUCGGCCGCGGCUUCACCGUCUGGGAGCCCUACAUGGACGUGUCGGCCGUGCUCAUGGGGCUGCUGGAGCUCUGCGCCGAGGCCGACAAGCUCUUGGCCAACAUCACCCCGGGGCUGCCCCUGAGCCCCCCCGCCGACUCGGCCCGCUCGGCGCGCCACGCUCUGGCCCUCAUCGCCACAGCCCGGCCCCCGGCCUUCAUCACCACCAUCGCCAAGGAGGUGCACAGGCACACGGCCCUGGCUGCCAACGCUCAAUCCCAGCCGAACAUCCACACUUCCACCCUGGCCAGGGCCAAGGGGGAGAUCCUGCGCGUCCUGGAGAUCCUCAUCGAGAAGAUGCCCGCCGACGUGGUGGAGCUGCUGGUGGAGGUGAUGGACGUCAUCAUGUAUUGCCUCGAAGGGGCCUUAGUCAAGAAGAAAGGCCUUCAGGAAUGCUUCCCGGCCAUCUGCAGGUUCUACAUGGUGAGCUACUACGAGCGGAGCCACCGCGUCGCCGUGGGAGCUCGCCACGGCUCCGUGGCCCUCUAUGACAUCCGCACCGGGAAGUGCCAGACUAUCCAUGGCCACAAAGGGCCCAUAACUGCAGUGGCUUUCGCGCCCGAUGGAAGGUACCUGGCCACCUACUCCAACUCCGACAGCCACCUCUGCUUCUGGCAGAUGAACACAUCCCUGUUGGGAAGCAUUGGAAUGCUGAACUCGGCCCCCCAGCUCCGCUGCAUCAAGACCUACCAGGUCCCCCCCGUGCAGCCGGCCUCGCCGGGCUCCCACACCGCCCUCAAGCUGGCCCGCCUCAUCUGGACUUCCAAUAGGAACGUCAUCCUCAUGGCGCACGACGGCAAGGAGCAUCGCUUCAUGGUCUGA